UGGCUCCCCUCUACACGUGUUGCAAACUUCCAUGGGCCAAUACAGCCAACGUGGGGUGCUAUGGAUGUGGGAAUGCGCCCCUUUUUGCUGUGGGGUCGGAGUGGCAAUGGUUCUAGCCUGCUUCCUUGUGGCUUUGUACCACAACAUUUUCGCCGCUUACGCCUUGGUUUAUUUCGCCCAUUGCUUCCACUUGGUCCUCCCAUGGACCUACUGCAGCGAGGUGGAGGACGCCGAUGCCCACGCGUGCGCGCCCCCAUCAUGGUACAUCUCCCAGAACAUCAACUUAUCCUCACAGGAGUACUUCUACAACGUUGUGGUCGACACCAACGACAAGUCGCAUUACUUGUGGUCGUUGGGCUCGAUUAAGUGGUGGCUGGUCCUGUCCUUGGCUUUCUCAUGGGUUGUUUGCUACAUUGCCGUCCUUCGCAGUGUUCGGUCGAUUGGGAAAAUUUGCAUUUUCAUUAUUAUUUUGUCGUACUUUACGCUCCUGACGCUGAUUAUUGUGGCGCUUCAGUUGAAACAGUUUGGGAAAUUUUCGGAGGUUCUUUCCGGGGUUAAGGGGUACGUGUCUUGGUGGAAUUUUGAGAUGUGGUGUGUGGCCACGAUUCAGGUGAUUGUUGAGCUGGGCUUGUGUUAUGGCAUUCCCAUAACUUACGCUUCCUUUUGCCAUUUUCGAAACAACUACCAAACCGAUUCGCUUAUUCUGUGCUCGAUGAACUAUUUGCAUUCUUUGAUUUUUUUCUUCAUAUUUUUUUCGUUUAUGGUUCGGUAUUCGUGCGACACGAAGGAUUUUCUUCGCCGAUUGCCCGAGAACACGAUCGAGAUGGUUUACAUCAUGUAUUCGGAAGCUUUUGCUAAUUUACCCGGCAGCCAGAUUUGGUGCAUGAUUUUUUUUCUAAUGCUGUUUUUUAUGCUAAUUGGGACACAAAUUGCGUUUCUUGAAGCUAUCAUGACUGCAAUUUACGACAAUUUCGUUUACUUGUCUAAAGCUCGUCCGUGUAUCAAUUUUCUGGUUUGUGGCGGUUUGGCUCUGCUGAGUGUUGUGUUCUGUUUCAGCAACGGUUUGUAUCAGGCUGUCUUCGUGGGUUCUUUUCCCAUUUGGAUCACUGUGCUUCCGCUUUCGAUUUUAUUUGUCGUGGGGAUUUUGUUUGUUUACGGCUUGAAUCAGUAUUUUCGGGACAUGAACUUGAUUCAGAAAGAUAGAAACAACUUGAAGUUGAAAUUUUUUCUGUUUGCUUUGUUGGCUGUUUUAAUUUUUGCUUUGUUUAUUGUGACAAUUGUGAGGCCGGUGAAUACGUUGAGUGGUGAUCAGAAUUAUGAUUUCACACAUGUUGUUAUAAUGUGGUUUGUUUAUGCGGUGUUUAUUGGUGUGAUUAUCGUUUUUGCUUUUUUGUGGACUAUGCAUUGUAGAGUUGCGCAGAAGCAGGUGUUCGGUUCAUCAGUUUCUUGGAUGAGGUUUUAUAAUGAGAGGGCUGAGGCUAGAGGACAGUUUAGUUACGAGUAUGUGCCUUCGUAUGUUUGGGGGUGGAAUUCACAUUAAUAAAGCAACAUUUUUAAUAACUAA